CGCCAAAAGUUGAAGGUCGGCUCUUCAACCGUGCUGGAUCCGACGUUACUCCCGCGGGACGAGCCAAGCCACCUACCCCUGAGCAAUCAUCUCGAGAUGCAAUCCAAGAGGAAAGAACUGGCGAGACAGACAAGGCAGGGGAAAACCCCGCCGGGAAUCGCAAAGGCUUCCAGAGGCCGUCGCCUACCGAGAGAGCGGCCACGACCCUCCGGCCCGGGGAUAAAAGACGACGAGAUCCUGUCUCUGGGAACGUUCUGUUUUCCCACCUUCAUCCCGCCGGCCAGCAAUCACCCCUCGGCUACAAGCGGUGUCCUAGGCCUGACUGAUCCUUCUUCAUCCGUUGAGCUCCAAUACCCCUUAUCCCGCACCUUCCACACGGCUUCACUGCCUUGAGGAGAUAUCAAGAUGGCGUUCUCAACUUUGAGAAACGUCCUCGUGCUCCUGUUUGCCGUCGCCUUUUCAAGCAUCGCGGCUCAGGCUGCGGACGCCCCUCUCUUUGUCCAGGGCGGCCUUGAGGACGCUACUGUCUCUAGCGAUGUUUACAACACUGGUGGUACCCUGUCUGUUGGUGGCUUCACCAUGCAGGUCCCCAAGAACGUUCUCGUGCAGUUCCCUGCUGCCUGGGUUCCAUUCAAGACAUUUGCUACCAAGAAGGCCGAGUUCAUCGGAUACGAGACCCUGGUUAUCGGCAACUUCAUCAACAGUGUUCCCAUUGUGGCGCAGAUCAUCGUCUACCAGUUCUUCGAGGGCCUUGCUAGCGGCUUCAUUGAGAGCGUCGAUUAUGCCGAUGGCUCGCUCAAGAUCGUCAACGGACCCAAGAUCCGCAUCUCGGACCCCAACGCCGUCUUCUCCAAGGGUUACGGCGCCCAUCCCGAGUUCACUGCCGAUGACGAGAGCCCCAGCAUCUCCUCCUUCUCGGGCUUUCCCAUGUGCAUCCCUCGUAACACCACGGACCCCCUUUGCCCGCUGAGCAACCGCCCCUUUUCUGGCCCUGGAACCUUCAGCGCCCCUGACCCGCUCGUCAUGGCUCCCCUCCAGGCCGGUGACUUCAUCACUUGGCAGGGCAUCAGGAAGGGCGGCGAGCUCAUUGCCUUCAGCAUCGUUGCACAAAACGUUCAGAUCACGACCCUUGGCGACAUUGUCUACGUCCGCAUGGAGCUUGCCCGCCUCGGUAUUGACAACCCCAACCCCAACGCCGAGAUCGCCGAGACCCGCUUCAUUGGCUUCGUCUCAAACACCGUGGCGACCGUCUCGCUCUACGCCAUGGACGUCGAUCCCUGCACUGGCAAGACCACGGACCGCAUCAUCGCCAGCAUGGGUCUCAAGGGCGGCCGCAACGCCCAGAACAGGUUCGAGUACCGCAACGACCUGCUCCGCCGCUACACCCGCGAGUACCGUGUCACUGCCGAGAUUGGCGGCAUUGAGAAGACCCGCGUCACCAAGAACGGCCUGAUUGCUGGCACCUACAUCCAGCCCGUCAACGUCUGGAUCCCUGGUGAGCAGGACGUGCCCGGCGUCCCGCCCGUCUCCCACGACUUCUCCCAGAUGGCCUUCCUGAACAAGGGUGUUGGCGCCGACGACGACGGCAACAUCUGGGGCCCUCUUGACCCCUUCCCGCAAACCGGUCUCUUCAUCGAGACCCCGAACUGCCCUGUCGUCGUGCGCCCCACCCCCACCUCGUCUGCUGUCCCGUCCGCCACCUCGACCGAGGCCGCGGCGCCUGCCGCCACCUCGGAUGCUGCUGCCGCUGCCCCCGUCUCUGUCCGCCGCCGCGGCGUCCAGAGCUACUACACCCGCGAGCGCGCCGAUGGCAUCGCCUCCGCAGAGAACAAGGGAACCACCGAGGGCCCCGUUCGCGUCGCUGCCGGCGAGGAGGCCCUCCUCGCCGAAGCUCGCGCUGAGAAGGCCGCCGCCAGGAUUGCCACUUAGGCGACUUUUUUUUUGCCAUGAUUAAUGAUCGCUCUGUGGACUUGUUACAGAGUCACGACAUAAGACAUGAUGGGCAUGCGAUGUAUCAAUGCCGGGGUGGUUAAAAUUCCGAUGAGAGAUUUAAUUCUGUAAUUUAGUUGGAUAUAAUGAACGUCUAUGUCCAAUCCGUC